AUGCUGAACGACGACAGCAACGCCAGCAGCAACAGCAACAGCAGGUUCAAUUUGAGCCAGAGUCCGGAUAACAGCAGCCAGGUCUUGCUCAACAAUAACCUGCCGCAGGUCGAUCACACCCUGUAUUUGGACCCCAAAGUGGCUGAAAGCCAUUUUGCGAUGCAGAAGAGCCACUACUAUCCCCAAAGCUCUAGCUAUGAAUUGCCGGAGAGCAAAGCUGCUUACGCAGUGGAAGAGAAGUGCUUUGCUAGCUUCGAGACUUACCAGACUCCCAAAACCUAUUCUAAGUCAAUCUACCCCGAUGAGUAUAUCGAUCUCACGCAGUACAACGAGUACAACCAAUUGUUCAAUGUGUACGACAAUAGCAAAGCUAGUAGCGAGAGUAGUUCAAUGUUCAAUGAUCUCGAUUUUAGGAUCUCGACAAACCCUAGCUGCGCCCCUAGUAUUACUAAUUUGCAUAGCUAUAGUCAUGACUCUUUCGAUGUGAUUCCCCAACAAUAA